CCCCCAGUUGCCCCGAGCCGCCAUCGCCACUACGCACGCUUUCUGCGCACACGCCACCUUGCUGUCCUUUGUUCCUCAUUCAUAAAGCGGCUUCACGAGCGCGGGGAUGUGUCACCGUGAACCCCUCGCAAGAAAAGGACCGCUGGCCCUUUAAGGGUUAUGUAGCAGGGCUAGCUGAUGUAGGACGAGCCGACCGUGCGUUUCUCUGCCCGAGCUCCCGCUGCCAUCCUCGUCAUGGCCUCCGUACAGCCGCCACCGACACCACCACCGAGGAUGAACCGACCAGCCAUCGGCCCUUCCUUUCCCGGAGCGGAGACGGACGUCAAGCCGAAGCAGAGGCACCGGUAGAGGCGAGCCGCGCCGGGGAGAGCCGCCUCAUAUCCAAAUGCCACCCCGGUUUCCUCAUCCAUGCCUUCGUUUAAAGCCAAGUACAGCUAUACGAUAAAGAGGGGUGCGAACCCGGGCGGCGGCGGCGGCGGAAACAUGACAACGGACAAGGAUUAUUCUCUUAAUCUGUCGGUGCAGCAAGUGCUGAGCCUUUGGGUGCAAGGCUCGGCGCUGCACCACUUCACAGAGAUGUGGUACUGGGUCUUCCUGUGGUGUCUCUUCUCCUCGCUCUUCGUCCACGGGGCGGUGGGGCUGCUCAUGUUAGUCAUGCUGCAGCGCCACAAGCGGGGACGCCUCAUCACCCUGGUGCUGGUCAGCGUGGGUUUCCUGGCCUCGCUCUCCGGAGGCGUCAUCACUAGCGCGGCCGUGGCGGGCGUUUACCGCGUGGCGGGGAAAGGCAUGGCACCGCUGGAGGCGCUGGUGCUGGGCGUGGGCCAGACCACCCUCUCCGUCGUCAUAUCCUUCUCGCGGAUCCUGGCCACGCUGUGAAGAAAACCCACGACGGGGUGAAAGGCAGACACCGACACGGGAGCAGAGCGGGCAAAUCGAGCCGGGCAGAGACUUUAGGUCUGCUUUUAUGGAAGGAGAUGAGGCACAAGUCCUCUGGACCUUUGAGGGCCAGAUCCAGGGCAGAACGCCCCCCAGCGUCUCUGCACUGCGAAUCGGUGCAGGAAGGUCGGCAUCGUGUCAGAGAGCAGCGCCGGGCGGAGGCUCAGCCUCAGCUUCUGGACCUGAAAGCCAUGUUUCUGAGUUUCCAGAGUUACGCCACUUCUUCGUGCCAAAAGCCUUCUCUGUGAAAACAGCAAGCCUUGGUGGCCGACUGACUCAAAGGCUUUCUGUUGAACUUUUGAGGGAGGAGGAAAAAAAAAUCUAUUUUUUAAACAGCGACCUGUAAUCGUGAGCUGAUGAUCUCCUUUGGCGAUCGGAACAAAAGUUCGGCAAACAAACAAAAGAACAGCAGUGUUCAUCAGCAGUAAAACACCUUCAUCAGUAUUAAACCGCCGCCGCGCCUCUAGGCCUGUAUACAGCUUCUCGCUCCUUCUCCCGAGAUGGCUCGAAAGCCGCAGCGUCCGACUCACGAGCAGGAAGAAGCUUUGAAUUUUUGCACUUUGUAAAUGUUGGCGAAGAGGCAGAGGAAAACCAGCAUAUGAUGAUCGAUUUUAAAGCGUGCCAACAACAACUCUGAGCGGAGUCAGAGGAGUAGUUUGGGUUUCUUCCACAGACAGAGAGAGAGGAUGAGAUCGAUGUCACUCUGAUGUCUUUACUGUAAACAAAGGUGGAGCCGGGAGACAGUAAAGUAAUCUACCUGCAUCUGAUUUAUCUCUGUUAAACAAUAUAACAUUUUAGUGAUGUUGGUCGAGUUGCAGGAAUUUGCUGUAAUAAUGAAAAUAUUUUCAACUGAUUUUCAUUCGAAAAGUAGGAAAAGAACCAGAUUAGAGAAAAGAAAUUUGACCAUCCAGUAUUUCCUGUGUGUGAGAGGCAAAAGUAGGUGUACCUGUUUUACACCCAUGAGCAGCAGUAAAGGCAGCUAAGCGUUCCUGUAAUCAUCGAUCAGUCCUACACAUCGACUCGGAGGAGUUUUUAGCCCAUUCCUCCGUACAGCAGUGUUCAGACUCUGAGAUUGCGGCGCGUUUCCUUGUGUGAACGCCUCGCUUCAGGUCUUACUUCGGUCAGGGAUUUUACUUUCAACACAUGACCUUUAUUCUUCUUUGAUCCUUCUUUGAGGUUCAGGUCACGCACGCCUUCCUGCUGAGAGGCAGCGGGCCAGGCUCAAACCUUGACACCCCUCUUACAUUUUACCCUCUAACGUCCCUCUAACGCAGGGGUAGGGAACUCCAGGCCUUGAGAGCCGGUGUCCUGCAGGUUUUAGAUCUCACCAUGGGUCAACACACCUGAAUCAAAUGAUUAGUUCAUUACCAGGCCUCUGGAGAACUUCAGCACACGUUGAGGAGGUCAUUUAGCCACUUAAAUCAGCUGUAUCGGAUCAAGGACACAUCUAAAACCUGCAGGACACCGGCUCUCGAGGCCUGGAGUUCCCUACCUCUGCGCUAACGUGUUUGAUAGAUCCCCUUUGUUUAAAUAAAUACACCUGAUUGGCAUCCUGUUGACUGAAAACAUCCUCAGCUUCAUAUUCACGGUACAGACAUCAGAGGGGCAUCAUCAAAACUUUUAGCAAGAAGGCGAAUAAAUGGUUUGUUGAACAAAACAGGAGGACGGCCCGGAGGAGGCGUCUGUAAUGGGGAGUGGUUUGGUUUGGCUCUUUAUAGUUUAAUUCUUCCUUAUUCAGGGUAAGAGGAGUAAAGGUGCGUCAGCAUUGAAAAGGGUCACUUUGCUGCUUGAGAGUCAGCAUAUUCCCAGAGAAAUCGCUCCGAGUGAGUCUGUGAGUCCUGCAGGUGCAGAUUUUCUGGAGCCUCCUCGGCUCACCGUAGUGCUGCUUAUGUCUGCACUGCUUCAGUAUAAACUCCCCGUGGAAAGCCAUCCCUCCCUCCCCGGAGAAGGUCACAGAUUCUGCUGCUCUGAUUUAUUUUCUUCUUCUUCUUCUUUUUAUCUAUGCCGACUUUUUUCUUUAUUGUUUUGUUUAUGAACCCAUGCUCCUUAAGUUUAACUUUGCACGUUGCACUGACUUUAAUCUGCCUUGUUUUAGAUCAGUGUGCUUUGACCCGAUGCUAUACACACGCAGACACUGAUGAUGAUGAUGAUGAUGUUUUGGGAAAAAAAGGAAAUAAUGUGAAGAAUGUGCUCGAAGUUACUGUAUUUAGAUGCCAGACACAGGCGGUGCUGAAGAAGGUUCAACUUUGCCCAAAACUUCACCCAGGAGGUCGAAAUGCCAAAGUAUCACUCACAGUCUAGCUUUACUCAUCCCGUUUUCUCAUCUUAUUGACGUCAACAUAAAGAGUUAGUGGUUUUAUGUACUUUUUAGGCACAUUUGCACAUUCAAAAAGAUGCUUGUGCUGUUCAGAUGGUGUGAUUUUAUUUAUUUUAUUUUUUUGAGGUUUUGUGGCUCUGAAGGUAAAUUAUGUAAUGAUGUAACACAGUUUACCUUCACUACCAGCUCAGCACACAGGAGGGCGAUAUUGCACUGGAAUGAAGUAGCAGCAGGAGCCUGAAUGCCUGUGAGAUGAUUGUGGGGUUUGGAAAUAUUGAACAACAAAAAAAAAAAGGUAAACGAGGAGUCACCUGAAGCCCCUCCCCCUGUUUGUUUUCUCCCUGUAUCACUGGGUUGCUCUGCACGUGGUCUGCACCGCCCGUUUGAAUGUGUAAGCUCAGCUUUCAGGGACCAAUCGUGACUCACCUGCUGUCAUAGCAGUGAAAUCUGUUUCUGCGGGCACUUUGUGCGUGUUCGUAUGCGGCUCACAGGAGACUGAUGAGCAUCGUUGUCGCCGUGUUCGGUGUCGGUCUGCGCGGUCGUGCUUGUGAGAAGAAUAAAUGGAUUUCCAUGUGUUUUCUUUCAUUGUGCUGGUGGUCGGGGGUGUUUAAAGGGUCGGAAAGGGGUGUGAGGACCUACUUGGAAGUGACAGCAGUUUUACUGUCUUUACAUAAAGUGAUUUUAUUUUUUAUGUGCCGAUUAAAACUGCAAGAAUGGACUCGAUGCUGUCAGAUCUGCACAUCCAGAGCUGUACAUAGCCGCAGUGUGCUUCAUAAACAAACUAACCGCUGAAUAGCAUUCGCACCCCGUGCCAUUACUGGUCAUGACGGAUCUAUGUGUGUGUUUUUCCGCUCCAGGUUCUGUGAUUGAGCCGUGUGACCGUGAGUGUGCGCUGUAAUAUCUAAAGGAGACACCCAGCAACUAAUAAUCCCCUCUAGACUUAAAAAAAAGUAACAGAGAGAGACACCCAGCUCAAUAAUCCUGUCUCUUUCAAUAGGCUUAUGAUAGAAGCUGCUGCACCCACCGUUCGCACCACCACAGCCACCACCUCAAGUCUGCUGUUGCCCAAAUGCCACAAAUCCCUUCCCAACCUCGGACACAUACUGUGUACCCGCCGCUGUGGCUGCAUGUGCAACGCAGCUCAGGUAACAUGUGAAUGGACUAACAUGGACAAUCCACCCAGAGACAAAGCUGUACAUAAAACCCAAAGUGGCACUUCUCCUGUAGAUAAUGUACAAUAUCUUCUUUUUUAAUUUUGUACCAGCCAAACUGCUGAUAUUUAUAACUAUUGCCUAUUUAUGUACAAACUGUUCUCCUGUACAUACUCAGCAGGCGGUUGAAAUAAAAAUCUUUUGCAGCAUUAAAA